AACUGCAAUUGUCAUCAAGAAGCUUCAACGUCUCAAAUCAUCUCUCCUCUCUGUCUCUCUCUUAAAAAUAUCAGAAAUUUCCGAAGCUCUUCUAUAGUUUUUUCUUGAGCCAUGACUGCGCAGAAAUCUGUGUUGCAACUGAGUGUUCACGAGGAAACGAUCAGGAAGAAAGCGUGGAAGACCGUUUCUAAGUGUUCAGGGGUUACUUCGGUAGCAAUGGAUGACAAAACCGGGAAAAUGACGGUGGUUGGAGAAGUUGAUGUACCAAAACUCGUAAAGAAGCUAAGGAAGAUUUGUACCGCAGAUAUCGUUUCAGUAGAAGUUGUUAAACCACCUGAGAAAAAGGAACCGGAGAAACCGAAACAACCCGAGGUUAUUGUCAACCCGCUUGCCUAUUGGAGCAACCAGUACCAAUACCAUCCUGCUAUAUAUGCAAGUUCUUAUUGUCCACCAGGCGGGUAUUCUAGAGUUGUGGUGGAGGAACCAGGGCCUUGUGUGAUUUUGUAAAUUUUCCUAGAAUUAUUUCAGAUAAUAUUAGUUAUAUUUGCACUUAAUUUUGAUGGAAGAGUGUAUUUUUGGGUAUUGUAAUCUACAUUUCCCGUAUGAGUCUAUUCAAUAAAAACAGUUAGCUUAUGUUUGAUGAA